UUCCAAUGGUGUUUCCUCUGAAUGUCUCUGGCCGUGUUUUCGGUAACAUCUCGUAUCAUCUCUAUUCAUUCAUUCAUCCCUCACUUUCAUCCCUUGUUUCCUCCAGGGCUGUGAAACCCUCCAGAACUGAGCCUGACAGACCAGACCGAGGGCAGCAGCUCACCAGCAGUUUGGGUCAGCAAAACAUCAGCGUCAUGCUGGAACCGCAGGCCGACCGGGUCAUGGCGCUCGGCGAGUGGGAGGAACGCUGGCAGACGGACAGGAUCGGCUUCCAUCAGCCUCACGUGCACAAGCUGCUGGAGGAAAAUGUGGAUAAAGUUCUCGCUGGACGGACGGGAGUUCGCUUCUUCUUCCCUCUCUGUGGGAAAGCAGUGGAUAUGAAGUGGUUGGCAGACAUGGGCCACACGGUGGUCGGGGUGGAGAUCAGUGAAAAAGCUAUAAAACAGUUCUUUGAGGAGAAUAACCUGACGUACAGCGAGGAGCCUGUCGCUGCCGCACCUGGAGCGAAGGUGUUCAAGAGCUCAGAGAAAAACAUCUCUCUGUAUCAGUGCGACCUGUUCAACUUCUCCAGCUCCAUCGAAGGUGAGUUCGGGGCGAUUUGGGACCGAGGAGCUCUGGUGGCCAUCAACCCCAGAGACAGAGAAAAGUAUGCGUCUCUCAUCAUUUCUCUCAUGGCCAAAGACUGCAGAUACCUUCUGGACACUUUGCAGUACAAUCCUGAAUUAUACAAAGGUCCUCCGUUUUUAGUGCCUGACGAGCAAGUGCAGAUCCUGUUUGGGAGCCGCUGCGAUGUGGAGCGGCUGCAGUCGGUCGAUGCCUUCACGGACAGACAUCGAGGCUGGGGUCUGGACUCCCUGACGGAGAACCUGCACCUCAUCCGUCCAAAGAGCAGCUAGAAACCCACAGCGUACAAAAGCUGAUCUUUGCAGUUUUAAUGCAAACACAGGUCCCGGGCAUUCAUUUUGUGCUUAGAUAUUUUAUCUCUAAAUGAAGGUUUUGAGGGGACACAAAGCUGCAUUGGAAAAUCAUUUAGUAAAGAUUGUAUAACAUAAGAAACAAUAGUAUUCACUUUUUUUUACAUUUAAUAAAACUGUUUUACUCAAACAA